UGAGCCGAUGGAACGGAACAAACAAUGGCCUCAUCGUCUCUUUUCGUCGUCAAGCUCUCUCCCCUCGCGCUACCGCCACUUCGCUGCUCUAAUGCCGUCCGUUUCUCCCCCUCGCCACUUGCAGUCUCUCUCAAGAACAAGCUCACCUCCUCCGCAACCCUAUACGGGUCUCCUCUGCUGCUCCGGAGAACUCACUCUCCGAUCCCCUCUUCUUCUUCUUCUUCUUCUUGUUCCCUCUGUCGGAGAUCUUCGAGUCUCGUGGUCUUUGCUGCCAAAGGAUACAAGAUGAAGACCCACAAGGCCUCCGCGAAGCGGUUCCGGGUAACGGGGCGGGGGAAGAUUGUGAGGAGGCGGGCGGGGAAGCAGCACUUGCUGGCGAAGAAGAACACCAAGAGGAAGCUCCGGCUGUCCAAGAUGCAUCCAGUAAACAAGAGUGACUACGACAAUGUCAUUGGUGCACUACCGUACCUCAAAGUGAAUCGAAACGCAACCUGAAAGGCUCUAUUCAUGUUGGACCUUUUUUCUUGAUCUUUUUACACCCUGUGCUACUAUUGAUUUGAUAAUUUAUGCUGCCUUUGCCCUGAUUUACUCAUGUUUUGCAAGUUCGAUAACUGUAAACAUGUCAUUCACUCUGUUCUCUUCGUGAAAACUUGUGCAUUCUUGA